AGAUCUCUCCCGUCAGCACCAGCAUGCUGCUUUGUAUUGCUCUGCAUAGCAGAGCAAUACAAACCAGCUUGCUUUUCAUAGUAAAGCACACAUAGUAAAACACACACAGCACACAGUUAACCCUUUGAUCAUCCCAGAUGUUAACUCUUUCCUGCCCAGUGCCAUUAGUACAGUUUCAGUGCUUUUAUUAGCACUGAUCACUGUAUUAGUGUCACUGGGGAUGUCAGUGACAUUUAGUCAGUUCCCCCCAGUGUCAGAAUGCCUGCCGCAGUCCCGCUAUAAGUCGCUGAUCGCCGCCAUUACUAGUAUUAGAAAGAAAAAAAUAAAAUUCCAGUAUAUAUACCGAUAUUUUAAGCGCUAUAACUUUCACGUAAACCAACUAAUC